UCACAGGAAACGCGCGCCAAUAUAGCAUUCGCCGCGACCGGUACAACUUUCGUAAACGAAACUAAAAACUAAAUAUACUUAAUCAAAAUUAAAUUAAAAACUAAACUAAAUUUCUCCUAACUUUUUAAACUCACGACUCUAAAGUUUUAAAUAUGAAUUUAUUUUGUGCGUGAUUUUAGAUAUUUUGUGCGUGGGAUCAAAAGUGUACGUUUUUAUUUUUUUUGGAGUGGAUUUUGCAUUGGAUCUUUGUAAAAGUGAAGGAAAUACUGCUUUAGGAGUCUUUUUAUCAGGUACAUUUCCUGACGGAAUAGAAAGCCGAGUCCACACAACGCAACCCUGAUUCAAGAAAUCAAAUCAGUGAAUUAUCAAGUGAAGUGUUAUCUUGUGGUGAUUGUAACAUCUGAAAACUGAGGAAGAGAUAAAGAGCCGACAUAACAAAAAUGAAACCAUCAUAACGUUGGCCGGGCGAUGCGCCCCGCGGGGCGCGCUGCGCGUGCGGCGACGCGCGUAAUAUGCGCUCGCUGAACGAGACUGCGUGCGCGGCGCUCCUCGAAGACGUGCGAUGGGAUGAGCCAACCAGCCUCGUCAGCCUCGCCAUACUCGCGCUCAUCGACGUACUGGUUAUUGCAGGAAACUGCCUGGUGAUAGCGGCGGUGUUAUGCUCAUCGAAGUUGCGCAGUGUCACGAACCUGUUCAUCGUGUCGCUGGCGGUCGCUGACCUGCUGGUCGGGGUUGCCGUGCUGCCCUUCUCGGCCACUAGGGAGGUCUUUGAGAUAUGGAUCUUCGGCGACGUUUGGUGCGCGGUGUGGCUGGCGGUGGACGUGUGGAUGUGCACCGCAUCCAUCCUGAACCUGUGCGCCAUCUCUUUAGACCGCUACGUGGCGGUGACCAGGCCAGUGAGCUACCCGAGCAUCAUGAGCCGCAAGCGGGCGAAGGCUCUCAUCGCUGGCCUGUGGGUGCUUUCGUUCGUCAUCUGUUUCCCACCGCUCGUCGGGUGGAAGGAUAAGAAGCCAGACGAAUCGGAGGUCAAAGACGACGUGCCACCAAAUCCUCGAUGCCCGUGGACCUGUGAGCUCACCAAUGACGCUGGUUACGUCGUCUACUCCGCACUGGGGUCCUUCUACAUCCCCAUGUUUGUCAUGCUGUUCUUCUACUGGAGGAUCUACAAGGCUGCUGUCAGGACUACGAAAGCAAUCAACCAGGGCUUCCGUACCACCAAAGGUGGUUGUGGUAAAGGCAUGGGUAGUCGGUUCGAUGACAACCGGUUGACGUUAAGGAUCCACCGGGGCCGAGGAUCAGCGCGUCCUCACGGGUCACCACUGUCGACGGCCUCCAACCAUUCCACCAGCACUUCUUUAAGUGCCUCACCGGAGAGAUUGAGAAGACACUCGAGCGCAAGAAGAGCCCACGAGAAGAUCAAAAUCUCCGUCUCCUACCCUUCCUCCGAGCAGAUCUGUCCAGCUCAUGAGAACUCUCGGUCACCGAGUAGAUCGCCCAGCCCAUCUCUCUACGCUGUCCAUUACGAGAGAGAUGGAAGAGAGUUGACUGAGAGUCGGCUGAGGGUCAGGCCUCCUCAUCAUUUAGCUCCCACGCCACUGUACGAUGAUUUUGAUGAUAAACCCCGGACGACUAGGCGGAUGGGGAAGCGGAAUAUCAAAGCGCAAGUCGAGUGUUCUCUGAACAAGCAGAUAUUCUUAAGAGUGGCGGAAGCGAAAGUGGUAAAACGCUUCAGGAUGGAAACCAAAGCCGCGAAGACCCUUGGCAUCAUCGUGGGAGGCUUCGUGUUCUGUUGGCUACCCUUCUUCAGCGUGUACGUGGUUAGAGCCUUCUGUGGGGACUGUGUGACCCCCAUAGUAUUCUCCGUCCUCUUCUGGCUGGGCUACUGCAACUCUGCCAUCAACCCUCUCAUUUAUGCGCUGUUUUCUAAAGACUUCCGGUUCGCCUUCAAGCGCAUAAUCUGCAAGUGCUUCUGCGGCGGCGGAGGCGCAGGCGCACGUCGCGAGUCUGACGGCGCGAACGCAGCCAACGCGGUGGAGUCGCGCGCGCGCCCGCUGCGGAACACGCACUCCCACUCGUUAGAGGAACACGAUCACAGCCAGUCGCAUACUUCUAGCACUACUGAUAGGUGACGACAGGCAAUGCGGCGGGCGAAUCCGCAGUUCCAGACUACCGUCGCAUGCGUGUAACGAGAGAAUGAUGUAGAAUGCACUACAGAAAUAAAUUAUAGUACUUAAAUAUAAUUCAAGGAAUAAAAGAACUUACAAACUAUAAAAGGAACUUAAUGCUACUUUUAAAUUACAGAAGGAACUUUCCGCUACUUCAAAGUUAGAAAUGGAAUUUUAUAAUGUUAAGUACCUAUUUCAAAUUUAAAUAAAAUGAAAACCCAGAAUAUAACGCAAAAUGUAAUUGCACAAAAUAAUAGGUAUUGUACGAAAAUAGUAGUCUAAUAAUUGUAAUAGCGUUGUUUUGAACUGUAUUAAAAUAAUAAUUGUAAAUAAUUAUUAUACUCGUAAAUGUAUGCUUUAAAAGUUAUUUCAUAAAUAUUGUAUACAGGACAUUUUGUACUCAAAUAAUAAGCAUAUAGUAAGUAAAAUAGAUAAUUUCGUAAUACGUACAUUUCGCCACAGAUAAUAAAUGUAGCCAGUCAAAUGUAGAAGCACUGAGGGUUUUCACUAUGUAUAAUGAAAAGCGCAAAACAUCCUGAGUGGUUAGAUACUCGGAGCAAAGUUAACUCAGAACCCUCAGUUUCUAAAUUUAAACAUUUUCCUUUGUCUUUUCAACCAAGUAAGAAAAAUAAUUAUAACUACGUACCUAUUAAAAUGACUUCAUUCGUGGAGCCGUCGAUUAAACGCAUCUUUUUCAAAAUUAAGUUUAGAAUAAUUUAUUUUUCGCGAAGCUGAGUUUGUCUUAUAUCACUGGCGUAUGGCAGGCAAGGCUGUGCUCGACACAGGUGAACUUUGGAUCUUGAUUCCUUUUGGGGAAACAAUUACAAUUGCUCUUUUAGAAAAUUUCGAGUCGCGUAAAACUUAUAUUUAGUAGUGAUGUCUUUGUAAUAUAAAUUAUUUAUUGAAAAGACUGUCUGAAUAUUUAAAAUUACGUACAUUUGUACUUACUUAUAAUUAUUUAUAGAUGAUUGUUGUUUCAGAUAAAUAAAACUAGAUAAU